AUGAAUGAGAGUCAAUCUUUUGGGGAACGUCGAGGGCAUAAGUUGGCACCGCUGCAGACCAAUUUUAGCCGACCAGCGACCAAGCCUCGACUGCAACGCCCUCGACCAACCGAAUAUCCGAGCACCAAUGGAUCCGAAGGCCCUGUUCCCCUCCAAAGUCCCGUCAAGCGACAAUCCUCCAAAUCAAGUUUGCGCAAUUUAUUCGGGCGUGACAAGUCGCGCGUAGAACCCAAAUUAAACGAAAUAGUCGAGUCGCAGUUACCAGAGCCCCAAACCGCAAUAUUGAACCCCAUGUCGCCCUCCGUCACGACCCCCCGAACAAUAGACUCGGCCCCGACCAUCACCUCCCCGACGGACUCGCGAUCGCGCAAACCUCGCCAACCAGAUCCCCAAAUCCCCACUCAGGAUCAGUACGGGUGGAAGCCACCCCCGUUAUUCCAGGCGUACCCUCAGUCUGCCAAGCAUGAUACACUGGCCGCACCCGCACUCUCGGCCGAUGCAAUUUUGCGCCUGCAUGCGACAACCGCACGGAGCUCCGCGGAGGAAACACCGGUAAAUCCACUGGAGCAGAAUGAGACUGCGACUGCGGCGCGCAAGAAGCGCGAGCAAAAGCAGAGGAAGCAUCUUCGGACCCUGUCCGGGACAAUCAAUAAGGUGGAAUGGACGCAAAAGAUAUAUGUCUUGGCCAAUGUCGGGUAUAUCCUGCAGUAUGCAGGAGACGGGAAGCAUGAUCGCCUUCCGGAGAGGAUGCUACUUCUAGGUCCCAAGUCUGUUGCAUUCGCCAGCGAUGCGAUCCCCGGGAAACACUGGGUGCUGCAGGUCUCCCACAAUCCCGCAGACGCGGAUUCUAACACCCCAGAGACUCCCAAGCCGCGAUUCUCACGAUUUGGCUUCCACAAGUCGAAUCACCGUCGGUUGUCGCGGAGCUUCUUGAUGGUUUUUGAUAACCCCGAAGCGAUGAUUGGCUGGUUGGUCGCAGUCAGAGCCGAGAUCGAGAGACGAGGAGGGCCCAAGCUCACGCAGGAGAAGCACUCGGAUGAGGACACCAUGCCUCAAUUGCGAUCCAAGUCCAGCAUUCGUCAAAUGGUGAAAAAGGACCCGCAUCGCAUCUCUAGCUUGUUCCUGCAGCCGCAAAAUCUCCAGUCACCCAUUGAGGAUGAUGGACAGUCAGUUGGCGGGGCUACUUGGCAAUCGCGGCGCAGCUCAUACACGUCCGUCAACCGCCGUUCGGUCAUAGAGUCACGAUCUGGGUCCGUUUCAACUGGGCGGACGGAUGCUACGAACCCCACCAAUGGCUCAAUCGCAUCAGACGUGCGCUCCUCCUCAUUCACUUCUUCCAAUGUACCGAAUUCGCCGCCGACGAGCGACGGCGUGUAUAGAUCCGACGAGCCUCUGCCCGAAGAACUUGAUCGUAUCUUGGCGCGCAGUCCUCCUCCUUCCAGCCAGGGCAAGCGACAAUCCUUCUUCACUUCCCCAGCAACGCAGCCUCCUCCAAUUGCCGAUUUCACGGAAAACCCGAAUGAUCCACCCCCACAGGCAAUCGCUCGCUGCGCUUCACCACCAGCGCCAAACUUCAGUGUCCCCUCGUUCAGCAAGAAAUUCGUCCCUCGCGGGGGACCGAUCCCCAUUCAUGCCUCUCCUCCUUCCUCAUUGAAUGGAUUCGUACGGCGGGGAUCGGCCGAUCCACAAGUGUCCACUUUUACUUCUCCCCCACAGUCUCCAACUUUCAGCGUCGCCAGCUCGCGCUAUACAGAGACCUCUGAGCAAAGGCGGGUCCUGCGUCCCUCUAAUUCAGAGGAUGCGCUAGCGAAGGCUGCACGGUCUACGCAGGGUACCCCGAACUUUUCGCGUGCGCCUUGGACAGCACCUCCCUCCAAGCCAUUACCGGAUCCUCAUGCCCCACGGCCACUCAGUCUGCUUGGGCGUUCUGGCAUGGCUCCUCAGACGAUCAAUGAGAACGACGUUGAUACUGCUCCAGCACCAGAGCCACCGCGCAAUAAGACUCCGGCGACAUCUGAUCAUCAGGCCUCAACCAAUAUGCCGCGUCGCAAGAGCAUGCCUGGCCUAGGCGUCACCAUUGGCCCUCCAUCGGCACCACCUCCCAAUUGUCCGCUCCCCAAACUACCCACUCCAGCCAACUCCACGAGUAUUGCGCCUUCCGUUCCAACUCCGGCUCCAGCUUCAAUUCCGGCUCCAGCUCCAGCUCCAGCCCCAGCCCCAGUCACAGUUGUCAUCCCCGCUGCCGCUGCUGCCCCCGCCGGCCCUGCCACUCCUGCCACCCCGCAGACACUGUCACCCUGGUCUCCUACCUCCCCGAUGGAGCGAUUUUAUGGGUCACCGCCCGUGCGUGACCAUGUCGAAGAUCGACGCACAAGUGGCAACCACGCCAACAAUCCGGAAACUCAGACGAAGCCUGCUUCAAGAACAACCCGGCACUCCAAACUGGUCAAGGGACCCCCUGUAUAA